AUGUUGUAUACAGCAGAAGAUACGAUAACCCGAGCAACAACCAGACUCAGAAAGGUCUUGGACAACGGAAGCAAAGAAGCCAGAGAAAUAGUGGAGAAGCUCAACAGCAAAAUACUUGAUAACAUGGAAAUCACCCUGCCUGCACUCAUCGAAACCAUCAGCCUCCUAUUUAAAUGCGAAUCCCUGUACUCAAAUGAAAAAUAUACCGUUCUGGACUUGUUCUACGACCUUAUCAGCGAUCUGCUAAGGAACAAGGAGAGCAUCGAUCUAAUGGACAUUCCCGUGUCUCUGGGGAAGAUGAAGUUUCUGAAAAAUGAAAAGAACGUGGAAAGAGCUGUUAUUGUCUAUCUAAAAGUAAUCACGCUCUUGCUGAAAGUGGCAGAUACCGUUGACCUCCGCAUAACUAUUUUCAAAGUGUUCUGCACUCUCUUUAUGUCCAAGUCUUUCAUAUCGAGCACAAAGUGCGGGUAUCUGAUACCCCCGAUGUUCAAAGAGUUUCUGAUCGAGUACCCAGAAUUCAUCAACAACCUACUGGAGAACCAGGACAAGCUGAUAUUCUGUCCGCCUCUCCUGGAGAUAGUUUUGGUUUCGUGCCAGAAAAUGAACUCAACCCUUUCCAGGCUUAUUGUCCUAGACUCAAUAAAGAGAAACUGUAACAAAAUGGUCAUCAUGCUGCAAGGGAAAGGGUUCUACGACCCUUUCUACUUCCAGCUGUACAUGGAAAGAGAAACAAAUCCUAUGCAGGAGAUAUUCCCUAUAUUCUGCAAGAAGUCCUUCCUGGAGUACAUGUUUCUUGAUGUCUCCACGCGGCUUACAUCCAAGAGCAUUGGAGACAUAGUUAUAGAAAAAAUAUGCGAAGCUGGAACCAUCCACUUCACGCGGCUCCUAAAAGAGCCUGACACACAGGCUGCAUCUAAUGCAGGCAGCUGUGCAUACUGUCCUAUUUCCUGCAAUUUAGAUAAGAUAGAAGAAACGAGAAAAACAGUGCAGGCAGCGCUUGACCAGUUCAACAUCUCAGGAGAUGCAGGCCCUCUUAUAGAGCUAAUGGACAAACUGGGGUACAAAGACAGCUACAUUGCAGCAGCAAGAAUACUCAGAGUAAAUACAGACACAAAUUUGGUUUUGCUUGGUAAGUAUCUGGGAAGAGAAGAACAUGCUCGGUUUCUGGAGGCUUUUUGCUACUCCUUUGACUUUUCAGAAUAUGACAUUCUGACAGCCCUGCGCGUGUUUCUGCUGAGUUUCAAUCUGCCGGGAGAGGGGCAGAAGAUAGAGAGAAUUAUCUGUGCUUUUUGCAAGAAGUACUCAGAAGAUGGAAAACAAGAUAGCGACACAGUGCUGUCUAUCGCCAUGUCCAUCAUUGUCCUUAACACAAGCAUACACAAUGUAAAUGCGAUUAAAAAAAUAACGGUCGAAGAGUUCACGCAGAUAAUAAUGAAAGAGUGCAAGGAUGUAGACCUGGAGUACUUGGAGUCGCUUUAUGCACAGGUAAAACAGAGAAAGCUCCAGGUGCCUGUGAGCAACAGCAUAUCACUGGAGGUAAUAGAGUUCUUAGAGCAGAUGGCAGAGGCUGACCAGAAGCUGCACUCGGUGCUGCCCGUGGGCCAGAGAUACAGCUACUGCAGCAGCUGCACAAAAGCAGUAUACAGCUACAUUAUACAGAAGUACAAGAUGAGCAAAAGUGUGAUGGCGCAUGGAACAUCGUCUGAGAUAAAAACGUACAUCAGAUCGAUUGUUAAAAUUGGCAUUUCAGAGACAAUAGUCAAAGACGCGAUAGAAAUGAUCAGCGACCCGUAUCUCAUUGUUAAGCUCGUGGAUGACUACAAAGACCAAAUAUACUCGCUGUGGCCUGCCUUCAUUGAGGCGCUGGAGAAGAUAUACCUGCAGAGAGAUGACACAGGGACCACUCCGCGGUUUUUCAGAAAUAUAUUUGCAUUUGGAAAAGAGCCCAAAAAGGACAAAAAAGACUUGUUUCCAGACUCUGUUAUAUUCUCAAUAAUUGAAAAAACAAAAAACAUUUCAGACAACGAGCUCCUAGAAAUAUCGAACAUUCUGCAGACGAAGAUGGAAAGCAGCAAAACAAAAGCACUGUACAAAACAGCAUACAUUCUUGUAAAGAACAAUGCAAACAGAAUAGCCGUUGUGGGGUCUCUGCUCGAGAUGCUAAUGAGCACGGGAGGAGCGUCUGGACAGGACAUUCUGGCCAUCUGCGAGACAGCGCCCUUCUCAGACAUUCUGCACCUGCUGUCUGAGUUCCAGUACAAGCCGUCAAAGCACGUAACAUCUUCUGUGAUAUCAGUUCUUCAGUACAUUAUUGUGGUUUUGACGAACAAGUCUCUUUCCUCGAGAGAGAUGCAUGCAAUUAAAGAGUGGACGAAUGUUCUCAUAGGCUCUGAGUCGUUUAAGCUCAGAAACUCGGAAGUCGUGAUCUCUAUUUGGGAGACAAUUGAAGAAAUAUCGCUGAGACUAGACAGCCUGGGAUACGACAGUUUUGAAAUAUUCAUUAAGAUGAAAGACAUUCUCACAAAGAAAAGCAGAUCGGAAAUACUGUCGAACACAAGCGCAUACUACAAAAACAUCAACAGAAUGCUCCUGUGCCUAGACAUUCUAUCCUUUUCAAACUCGCCCGAGCUAACAGAGAUUUUUUCAAAGAUGAUCUCAGGCCUUUUGGACAAAGACACAGCCGGGUGUCUGUCCAUUCUGGAAAGCUGCGAGCACGUGCUUGAAACCAUCCCGGAGAUACAGGAGAAGGUAGAGGAGAUAGUCUACGAGAAAACACAGGGCAUAAAACAGCCAGACAUAAAGUAUCUUAAGAAGUUGAUUAUGAAGAUGAACCUCAAAAUGACACCAAAAAAGGAAAUAGUUGAUCUAUGA